AACAUAACGCACGCCGGAGCGGCUCUCACCUGGCCGUCCUUCUGACUGCUCCGCUCGGAUUUUCUUUUUUUUUUUUGUUGUUGGAUGAGACAGAUGGCUUCUCAGGAGACCUUAAACGAGUUGGGGUGCAGUUCGUCCGAGGAGGACAGUACCCGUGCGGACCUGACAGAGAGCGCAGCGGAGGAGGAGAGGACGUCUCCGGCGGCGCGUCGGCAUCAUCCGUUCAGCGUCGAGGCGCUCAUGUCCGGUAGGAAGACGGACGGACGCCGUAAACUAGAGGGAGGCUCGGUGGCGGUGGCGGUGUCUCCGACAGGUUUGAACUCCCUGUAUCUGUACCGAGAGACGUGCAGUCCUCCCGGGGGAAGCCUGAAGAGCGUACCGGCUGUGCCUUCUUCUCCGGUAAAAUCGGAGGCAUCCGAGUCAGAGGACUGCGCACCCUGGGUCACCAGCAGCGCGUUUUCCACACAGCCUCGUCACGGCGGUCCAGGCUGUCCAUUGAGGAAACACAAGACCAACAGAAAGCCCCGCACUCCCUUCACCACAUCUCAGCUCCUGGCCCUGGAGAGGAAGUUCAGGCAGAAGCAGUACCUGUCCAUCGCCGAGCGGGCCGAGUUCUCCUCCUCCUUGACCCUGACAGAGACCCAAGUUAAGAUCUGGUUCCAAAAUCGCCGGGCAAAAGCCAAGAGGCUCCAGGAGGCCGAGCUGGAGAAGCUCAAGAUGGCUGCGGAUGCCAAGACGGCGGCGGUGGCGGCCGCUGCGGCUGGAGGUCUACACCCUGGCUUUACGUUACCUCUGUCGCUGGGCGCCAUGUCGCUGUAUGGACAGUCGUACUCUGCCUAUCACCACCACCACCACAGACCCAUGCUGCCCAUUUCACCUUUAGGACUGUACGCUGCUCCUCUGGGCUACAGCAUGUACCACUUUUCAUAAAAAUGGAAAUAUCACUGACUAUGGUGAAACGUGUUCCAGAGGAUUCCCAAAAAUGGACGCGUGGCUGACUUUUUAAAAAUCAAUCAUUUUAAUAUAUCUUCUACACAAGGAGUGUUUGAAUAGACUUUCUGAGCGCUUCAAGUCAAAUAUAAAAUCUAUUUUUUUCCCACAGCGAGGAUAAAAAAAACCCCCCAACUUACUGUCGAUGUCCUCUUGCCCCUUUGGACAGCCUGUUUACAUGACUUGUCUAAAUGAGGAGAUUCGUCACGGUCCAGAUGUUUAUGCUCUUCACUUGUUUACUUUUGCAAUAAUUGAGCUGGGCGAGGACUUGCUCUGGGCACAAUAAUACAAAGUACAACUUUUCCCUCAAGCCUUUCUCUUCAUUCGAUGCAGUGCCUUGUGUGUCGAAAAGGGCUUUAAUAUUAAAAGACAUUUUGUACAUGUGUAUGGAUGAUGAGUGUUACAGCAGCUCAGGCCAAAUAAAACAUAUCACUGAAUUCAUUCUUUUAAUUUCCAUUCCGCAAUGAUGUCUGCGCUUGAAAAAACUGCUCUGCUUUUCAAUUUAAAGACAGACAAAUUCAGGUUUGUGGGCUCUCAAAGACGGGGAGGUUCAACCCCUUAAAUGAUCCAUCACAAUGACAACUUAACACUAACUUUUUUCAUCUUUUGUCUCUUGCAGCAAUAAUUAAUACUUUUUUUGAACUAUAAUUAUGCCGGAAAUGUAUGAAUGCCUCAUGUUGUCUAUUUAUAUGAGAAUAUGGUACAAAAGUUCUGACCAAAAGUGUAUUUAUAUUGUUCUUCCUCAAUGACCCUUUGAAAGGGCCACAUAUUGUGCUAUGCAGUUUGUAUAUAUAUUUUUUU